AUGGGCACCCCGAGGCUCGGGCUGGCUGCGGCCCCGAGCAGGCACGCCAGCGGCGCAGGCACCUCGGUCAUGCCCCUCUUCUGGCUGCUGUUCGGCGAGACACUCGCGGCCGUCUUCGGCAUCUUGGUGACGACCCCUUUCUUCGGGUUCCACGUGUACUUGAUGCUCAAGGGGAUGACGACCAUCGAGUUCUGCGAGAAGACGUCCAAGGGCGAACACGCGUCGUCGUACAACCGCGGCCUCUGGUGCAACAUCAGGGCCGUCCUCGGCGAGAACCCCUUUAUGUGGCCGAUGCCGGUCUGCCCUCCGUCCGGCUCUGGCUUGAUCUUUACUCUUGCGGAGGAGGUGGCCUCGCCGAGGCAGAUGGAGGCAGGGCGCGGCUACGGGUCAGUGAAGAGGUCCAGCCGCAGCGGCAGCAGGCGCGGCGGGAAGAGCGCGUUGCUGGAGUCGCCGCUCGCCCCCGCGAAGGGCGGACGCCCGCUGGAGGGAGAGCAGAUCCUCAGCCCAUCUGAGCGAGCCUGA